GCAGCGCGCGGCGGUGAGGCGGUUGCAGUAUCCGCACGAGACCCGGCGGAGUGGUGCACUGCGAAGGGGGACUGAAGGGCAAGUGCUACUGCUGGGUCUGCAGGCGCAAUGCCGACUCUGAAGCAGAAACCGAAGCAGCGCCCUUUCUGCUUCAGCGUGAAAGGCCACGUGAAGAUACUGCGGCUGGUGCUAACUGUGACAUCUAUGACCUUUUUUAUCAUCGCACAAGCCCCAGAGCCAUACAUCGUCAUCACUGGAUUUGAAGUCACCAUUAUUUUCUUUUUCAUAGUUUUAUAUACAGUCAGACUUGAUCGAUUAGUUAACUGUGUAUUUUGGCCUUUGCUUGAUGUUAUCAACUCAAUGGUAGCAGCAGUAUUCAUGAUAAUUAUAUCUAUGUUGGCACUGAUCCCAGAAACCACAACAUAUAUAGUCCUUGGAGGGGUGUUUGGACUCGCGGCUUCGGUGUUCUGUAUUGCGGAUGGGGCCCUUAUUUACCGGAAGCUUCUGUUUAAUCCAAGCGGUCCUUAUCAGAAAACUGCUGUUCAUGACAGAUUCUAAGUUCUGUAACUUUAUAUAUUUUACUUGGUGCUAAGUAUUAAACAUAUCUCUUUAUCCUAACACGUAUUAUCGGCAG